AUGUUUAGGAGAGAUAAUAAUGCUGCUGCUGCUGCUGCGUCCGGGAACUGGACAGCUCCGGCUCCCCAUGGGAACGGGUCUGGAGCAAGUCAACUAUCCAAGCCCAAGGGCCCGCCGUACCCAUUAACCAUGGCCAUCGUAGGCGGCGAGCCCACCCCCGCAGUAGACGACCCCAUCGCCGUCGUCCUCCUGCUACUAUUCCUCCUCUCGGCAGCAGCGCACAUGGCCAUCCUACGCAUCAACAAGCAGCGCAACCUCAAGUUCGUCUUCUCAGGCAUGUUAUUCGCGCUGUGUCUUCUCCGCAGCAUCUCGCUCGUCGCCCGCAUGAUCUGGGCCUCGUACCCCAAGACCGUCGACGCCGUCAUCGCCGCCAGCGUCAUGACCCAGUGCGGCUCCGUGCUCAUCUUCAUCAUCAACUUGUUCUUCGCUCAGCGUGUCCUCCGCGCCUAUCACCCCCGGCUCGGCUGGCACCGCGGCACCUGCGGCUUCGUCUGGUUUCUCAUCGCUUGUGUCAUGUGCUGCCUCGUCAUGGCUAUCGUCGCUACUAUUCACAGCUUCUUCACCCUGGACCCUCGUGCCCUCCACGCCGACCGUGCUGUCCAGCUUUUUGCCGGCUCGUAUCUGGCCUUCUUGGCUUUCCUGCCCGUGCCUGUUGUUGGACUAGCAGCAGCAGCACAGCACGCGAGACGUUUCCGCUUCCGCCGCGUUGAGAAGUUCGGUGCAGGUCGAUGGCGUGCUAAGGUCGGACUGCUAGUAUUCGCAUCGCUCGUGGCCACCUUGGGCGCCGCGUUUCGGGUAGGAGUCAACUUCGACGGUCGUCCUGGUUCUAAACCGGCUUGGUUCCACAGCCGAGCCUGCUACUACGGCUUCAACUUCGUCACCGACCUCGUUGUAUCUACCGCAUACCUACUAGCUCGUUUUGACCGGCGCUUUAUCGUACCCGACGGCGCUCAGGGUCCCGGAGACUAUUCCCCCAUCAUCCCAUCUAUGCACUCCACCUCCAACAGCAACCUCGUCGGCAAGCUGCCCAUCAUGGGGGCCAGCAGACACACAGCCACGAUACGAUCGCCCCUGAUCCCAACGACCCCAACCCCCACUCCCACUCCAUCACCACCUACUCCCACCCCUCCUCCCCAGUCCACAACGCCAUCCCCAUCGUCCUCGCAGUCAUACCGCAACAUCGGCGCCACCGGAUCCGCCUACCACACCGACUCGUCCAACACAGCCGUGCACACGAGCAGCAGCUUCGAGCGGAAACAGCACUCCCUCUCCCCUAUACCCCUCCCCCUCCUAUUCCCACACCAACCCCAACCCCAACCCCAGCCGCGCAGACCCGCGCUCCGCACCCGCACCCGCACCCGCGGCCGCCGCGCCGUCAUGCUGCGCAUGCGCAUCAACAGCGAAGCGGACGCAGGAAGGGAGAUCGACGUCUCGGCUGCGGGCCCCGGCUCCCGCACAUCUCGGCCCGCCGAUCCUGCCCGCGCUAGAUCUAGAUCUAGAGCUGCUGAGCGCGACGUUAUUGGCGCCGUGGGCGCUGGAUAA